CCCUUUUCCUCUCCUCCGUUUCUUCCUCUUCCCUUAAAAGCUCUCUCUCUCUUUCUUCUCUCUCAAGUGCUCUGCUCUGUGUUGUUUUCGUCGUCUCUCGUCUUCAGCACAACAACGAACGACUAGAGAUGGAUUCUGAUGAAGCGAGUGGGAGUGGCGUAAAGCAAGAUGGAGGGUUACCACCACCUCCGCCUCUCGUUCCAACAGAUUUUGUCCCUGAACUGGUGCCUGUCAAAAAGAACCUUCUUCUCCCAAUGGCUCGUAGAGGUAGCGGGACCAAAGGACAGAAGAUUCCUCUUCUUACUAAUCACUUUGGAGUCAAGUUCAACAAACCUACCGGUUACUUCUUUCACUACAGUGUUGCUAUCUCAUAUGAAGAUGGCCGUCCAGUGGAGGCUAAAGGUAUAGGCAGAAAGAUUCUUGACAAAGUUCAGGAUACCUAUCAGAGUGAUUUGGGUUCCAAAUACUUUGCUUAUGAUGGCGAGAAGACUCUCUUCACUGUUGGUGCUCUUCCCAGCAACAAACUUGACUUCUCUGUUGUUCUUGAAGAUGUACCUUCUAGCAGAAAUAACUCUGGAAAUGACACAAACGACGCUGAUAGGAAAAGAUCAAGGCGUCCCACCCAAUCUAAGAAAUUCAUGGUUGAGAUAAGUUAUGCUGCAAAGAUCCCCAUGCAGGCUAUUGCAAGCGCUCUUCAAGGGAAGGAGACAGAGAAUCUUCAAGAUGCUAUAAGAGUGCUGGAUGUUAUUUUGCGCCAAAGUGCAGCUAAGCAAGGUUGCCUCCUUGUUCGCCAGUCAUUUUUCCACAAUGACGUAAAGAACUUUGUUCCAAUUGGUGGAGGUGUGAGUGGUUGUAGAGGCUUCCAUUCAAGUUUCAGAACUACUCAGGGAGGCUUGUCCUUGAAUAUUGACACUUCAACUACCAUGAUAGUACAACCUGGACCUGUGGUUGAAUUCCUACAAGCAAACCAGAACAAGAGAGAUCCAUCUGGUGUGGACUGGAACAAGGCUAAACGUGUUCUCAAGAAUCUGAGGGUCAAAGUUACCCUAUCAAACAGAGAAUACAAAAUCAGCGGCCUAAGUGAGCAAAAAUGCAAAGAUCAGAUGUUUACAUGGAGGAGACCUAACGACAAGGGAGAAUUUGAGGAGGUUGAGAUCACAGUGCUCAACUAUUAUAAGGAACGUAACAUUGAUGUGCGAUCUUCAGCUGAAUUUCCUUGCAUCAAUGUUGGUAAGCCGAAGCGUCCCACUUACUUCCCCAUUGAGUUCUGUGAUCUUGUGUCCCUACAACGAUACACAAAAUCACUUACCAAUUUUCAGAGGGCUGCGCUAGUAGAAAAGUCUAGGCAGAAGCCACCAGAAAGAAUGGCUUCUCUAACCAAAGGUCUACAAGACAGCAAUUAUAAUGCUGACCCUGUGUUGCAAGAUAGUGGUGUCAGCAUUAUAUCUAACUUCACCCAAGUGGAGGGCCGCAUUCUACCAACACCAAAUCUGAAAGUGGGCAAUGGAAUGGACUUAAGGCCAAACAAUGGGCGUUGGAACUUUAAUAAUAAGAAACUUGUUGAGCCAACGACGGUUACUAGAUGGGCUGUUGUGAACUUCUCUGCUCGUUGUGAUACAAAUGGGCUCAUUCGUGACUUGAUUAGAUGUGGACAGGCGAAAGGAAUUAACGUAGAGCAUCCAUUCAAGGAUGUCAUUACUGAAAAUCCUCAGUUUAGGAAUGCACCAGCUACUAAGAGAGUGGAGAAUAUGUUUGAGCAGAUAAAAUCCAAACUCCCAGGGCCGCCUCUGUUCCUUCUUUGCAUACUCUCUGAAAGGAAAAACUCUGAUGUUUAUGGUCCUUGGAAGAAAAAGAAUCUUGUUGAUCUUGGAAUUGUGACUCAGUGCAUUGCUCCUACAAGAGUGAACGAUCAGUAUCUCACCAAUGUUCUUCUAAAGAUAAAUGCCAAGCUUGGUGGACUGAACUCUAUGCUAGCUAUGGAGCGCUCUCCAGCAAUGCCAAAAGUAACCCAAGUCCCUACCAUCAUUGUUGGGAUGGAUGUAUCCCAUGGUUCCCCGGGAAUGUCUGAUAUACCAUCAAUUGCUGCGGUUGUAAGCUCCAGACAAUGGCCACUCAUCUCAAAAUACAAGGCAUGUGUACGCACACAAUCACGCAAAAUGGAAAUGAUUGACAAUCUCUUCAAACUUGUCUCUGACAAAGAUGAAGGAAUGUUCAGGGAGCUCUUGCUCGACUUUUACUUCAGUUCAGAGAAGAGGAAACCAGAGCACAUCAUCAUUUUCAGGGAUGGUGUGAGUGAGUCUCAGUUCAAUCAAGUUCUUAAUAUUGAAUUGGAUCAGAUGAUGCAGGCCUGUAAGUUUCUGGAUGAAAAUUGGAAUCCAAAGUUUACAGUGAUUGUUGCCCAGAAGAACCACCAUACCAAGUUCUUUCAGAGCAGAGGCCCUGAUAAUGUUCCACCAGGAACAAUAAUUGACAGCCAGAUCUGCCACCCACGCAACAAUGAUUUCUAUCUCUGUGCCCAUGCUGGGAUGAUUGGAACUACAAGGCCAACUCAUUACCAUGUGCUCUAUGAUGAGAUUGGAUUUGCAACAGAUGACCUCCAAGAACUUGUGCAUUCUCUAUCCUAUGUCUACCAGAGGAGCACCACUGCCAUCUCAGUCGUUGCACCCAUUUGCUAUGCUCAUUUGGCAGCUGCGCAAAUGGGAACGGUGAUGAAGUAUGAAGAGAUGUCUGAGACUUCAAGCAGCCAUGGCGGGAUCACCACACCUGGGGCUGUCCCUGUGCCUCCCAUGCCGCAGCUGCAUGGUAAGGUUGCAACCUCGAUGUUCUUCUGUUGAUGGAGAACAGUCCACGAACUUUAAAUGCCCCCUAUUUUGUUUAAAUCUUCUCUGGGAUCGAUGUCUCAUAAUUGUUUUUCGUCGACCCUUCAACUUUGAUACUCUUUUUGAUACUCUUUAUGUUUCUGUUUUUCCUGGGCGUUGUUGGUUGGAUCUUAUUAUGCUUUAUAAUCAAGUUUGGUAUUUUAAGACA